GUCUGUCUGACAUUCGUGCUAAGCUACAUGGUGGGCUAAUGGGUUGACAAUUACAAAACUUUUUGGAGUUCAUCUGCUUUAUCCGAAUUUUCACUUUUUUAUUUUGUUGCUUUGUUUUCACUCUAUUUUUUUUUAGUUGUUUAUUUUAUUAUUUUUAUUAAAUUUAUUCAAAUUUAAUCCAUCGUCGUCCGCGCUUUAAACGUAUAGCCGUGGUAUCUUAUUGUUGGCUUUGGUAGUAGAGUGGUUAAGUUUACAAAAAAAAAAAAACGAAGUAAUUUGUCGGUAUUUAAUAAUUUUAGUUGUGCCUUGGACAUCAUAAUGAAAGUAAUGUCAUUACGUCGACGGAAUGCACUGUGUGCAAUUAUUUUGAUUAUCAAAAGUUUAUCAUGUGUGUUGAGUGCGGAAGAAGAAGAUUAUGAUGGUAGUUUGGAAGAGGAGGAGGACGAUUCGGGGGAGAUUAUUACAAGGAAAAGUAUAAGGGAGGAUUCAACGUUGAAAGUUGAUAAAUUAAUUGCAAAAUAUGGAUACGAGUCGGAAGUGCAUCAAGUGACAACGGAAGAUGGUUACAUUUUGAAAAUGCACAGGAUACGUAAUUCAGGCAGGCAACCUGUGUUUCUGCAACACGGCUUGGUGGAUAGUUCAGCUGGUUAUGUUGUCAUGGGACCAAAUGUCAGUUUAGCUUACCUAUUAGCCGAUCUCAAAUACGAUGUAUGGAUGGGUAAUGCGCGUGGCAAUCGAUAUUCCCGCAAUCACACAACAUUAGAUCCAGAUGAAUCGAAGUUUUGGGAUUUCAGUUGGCACGAAAUUGGAAUGUAUGAUUUGCCAGCUAUGAUUGAUUAUGCUUUAGCAACAACUGGAGCUAGACGAAUUCAAUAUAUUGGACAUUCACAAGGUUGCACAGCAUUUUUUGUUAUGUGCUCUAUGCGACCUGAAUACAACAAAAAAAUCAUAUCGAUGCAUGCAUUAGCACCAGCAGCAUAUCUCUCUGAUACUGAAGAUCAUCCUUAUAUCAAAGCAAUAGACUUGUAUUUUAAGAGUGUGGUUGGAAGUUCCAUCAGAGAACUUUUUACCGGCGAAUUUCGAUUCAUCUGCAGUGUUACCAAAGAAACCCGAAGAACCUGCAUUGAAGCAAUAUUCACAAUAGCUGGUCGUGAUGAAGAUGAAUUUAAUGAGAAAAUGUUCCCCGUUGUUCUGGGUCACUAUCCAGCUGGAGCUUCAGCUAAACAAAUAAAACAUUUUGUUCAAAUCAUUAAAACAAGUCGUUUCGCACCGUACAGUUAUAGUGUCUCGAAGAAUUUAGCACUUUACAAGGAACACUUGCCACCGAAAUAUGAUUUGUCCAAAGUAACAGUACCAGUUUAUUUGUAUUAUUCAUUGAAUGAUUUGCUCGUUCAACCAAGCAAUGUGGAGGAAUUGUUCAAGGAUCUAGGAAAGCCAGUUUCGAAAUAUUUGGUACCACAUAAAGAAUUCAAUCACAUGGACUUUUUAUGGGCUUCUAAUGUGAGAAAAUUACUCUAUGAUGAAGUUAUACGGAAUUUGAGAAAAUUAAAAUCAAUAGAAUUAGAAUGAAACAGGCUUUUAAAACUGUUAUCAAUUUAUUUAAGUAAUACAAAAUUAAUUUAUUUAGUAAUUUAUGAUAGUAUUUUAAAGA